AUGAGUCCCAGAGCAGUGAGCCGGUUACUGUCAGGAUACUGGCACACUGAGCUCUGACAGAGUCUAGAGAGGGUAUUACUGCAUUAUUCACAGAUUAUAUGCUUGGCCGCAAUGAAACUUUGCCUGUUCUGCCUCUAGCUCUUUCAUACGUAGAGAUCACACACCAUGAGGAUGUAACUGGACCUCAAUGAUUGCACUGGAUUAUUAAGGAGACGGACAGUACAGACAGCAGUCAACAUUUUGAGUGGCGGUGAAUAAGCAGGAAGGAUGCAGUGUGGUGUGAUGCUGUGUGUCCUGCUGCUGAUACUGUCGUCUAGUGCUAGAAACCAGAACAGAAGAAAAAACAGACAGAAGCCUGACAACAGUGUCAUGCAGAAUGAAGUCAAAACUCUGUUCUGUCCAGUGGAGUUGGCGUUUUUAGUGGACAGUUCAGAGAAAGCCAAAAUGCUUCUGUUUGAGAGGCAGAGGGAGUUUGUUUUGCGCUUCAGCACCAGGCUGAUGCAGCUCCAGGUGUCUGGCUGGCGUAUGCGGGUGAGACUCGCCCUCCUGCAGUACAGCAGCACCGUCUCAGUGGAGCACAACUUCCGUGACUGGCAGGACAUUGACGUGUUCCACAGCCGAGUGGAUGCCAUGACUUACAUCGGCCAUGGCACCUACUCAGCUUACGCCAUCACAAACGCCACUCGGCUCUUCACCCGUGAGACGUCGCCCAGCAGCUUAAGAGCAGCGCUUCUGUUGACGGAAGGGGUGGACCACCCGCGCAGCCCCAGUGCUGUGACUGCAGCCGCAGAUGCCAAGAACCACAACAUCCGUAUGUUUGUCAUUGGGCUGUCGGGAUCCACACGAGACGAGCAGGACAACGGUAGACUGAGGUCCAUCGCCAGCGCACCGCCUCAGCAGCACCUGUUCAGCCUCACUGACCCACAGCUGGAUGACAAGCUCUUCAGGGAACUGAGUGAACUUGCGAACACAGUUUGUCCACAACCCAAAUCCUGUCAGUGUGAAAAAGGAGAGAGAGGUCCUCCCGGAAAUCCUGGUAAACCAGGUGAUCCAGGAUUUGAUGGGCCUCCUGGUCUUAAAGGAUCUAAAGGAGAGGCAGGUUUAAGUGGACGUCCAGGAUUAGAAGGUCUAAGGGGAAGACCAGGAUCAAAAGGAGAAAAGGGCGGGAAAGGAGAAUGUGGCGCCCCAGGGAUGAAAGGAGAUCAAGGCCCAGACGGACCUCCAGGACCACGUGGACCACGAGGAGAUCAGGGACUAAGUGGUAACCCUGGCGACUCUGGCCCUGAGGGCCCCGUCGGACCUAAAGGUGAGCGAGGACCUGGCGGACCCACCGGCCCUCCAGGGGACCCAGGGGUUGGGUUUCCUGGUGCAAAGGGGGAGAAAGGUGGCCAAGGCAGGCCUGGGCCGACUGGGCCUGUUGGUAUUGGUGAGCCAGGAAUGCCUGGUCCACCAGGACCUCCAGGAGUUCAAGGCAACCAAGGGUUUCCCGGAGAGGGUUUACCAGGACCAAAGGGUGACAGAGGAUUUGAGGGUCCUAAGGGUGGACGUGGACCUCCUGGGAUUAGCAUCAAGGGUGAUAAGGGUAACACAGGGGAACCGGGUUUGCCUGGACUGAUGGGAUUUCCAGGAGUUGGGCUCCAGGGUGAAAAGGGAGACCUGGGACCCAUAGGACCCCCUGGCCCAAGAGGCCCUCCUGGAGUGGGCAUGGUGGGCACUAAGGGUGAUCAGGGCUUUCCAGGAGAAUCUGGACCGCAAGGUGAGAGAGGAAUAGGAGAACCAGGACCAAAAGGAGAACCAGGCCCAGACGGAGCACCUGGUAUUCCUGGUAUCCCAGGUGAAGAUGGAUCUGUGGGUCCAAAGGGUGAGAUGGGUUUACCUGGUGCUCGAGGUCCAGAGGGCUCAGCCGGAAGAGGUAUUCCUGGUGAGAAGGGGGACAGAGGGGACAGAGGAUCUCGGGGUCUCCCAGGAAGUGCUGGAGCAGCGGGACCCCCAGGGGCCAAGGGAGAACCAGGAAGUUUAGGUAUGAUGGGUUUACCAGGACCUCCAGGUCGAGGAUUACCUGGUUCAAAGGGUGAGCCAGGACCUGCAGGCCCCUCGGGUCCUGUUGGAGAGCCAGGUGUCGGGACUACAGGCCCUAAGGGUGACAGAGGAAGUCCAGGACCAGUGGGGCCACAAGGAAUGAAGGGGGAGGGUUACCCCGGACCACAGGUGUGCAAAGGAGACAAAGUCUUUGAUAAGAACAACACAGAAAACAAAACCAGUAACAUCUAUCUAUAUAUGAUAUAUUCUCAGGGGCUUCCAGGGUUGCCAGGGCCACCAGGUGAAGUUGGACCUGAAGGACAAGGAAUUCCUGGACCAAAGGGAGACCGGGGCUCACCUGGAGUGACCGGCCCUUCAGGGCCUCCAGGAAUUGGACUGAUGGGACCAAAGGGUGCAGGUGGCCAGCCUGGUGCUCCUGGUUUUCCAGGACCUCCAGGAGAGGGAAUUCAGGGUCCCAAGGGAGAUCCUGGGUUUCAAGGGCCCCCUGGUCCUAGAGGGCCUCCAGGUGAUGGUCUGCCUGGAGAGAAGGGUAACAGGGGCCUAGCAGGGGAACGCGGGAGAAAAGGAGAGAGAGGAGAACAUGGAAUGCCUGGACAAACAGGAGCCAAGGGAAAACCAGGAGGGAAGGGAGAGCCCGGCCUAUCUAGAGACCAGGUGAUCAGAAUAAUCCGGGAAAUAUGUGGAUGUGGUCUGAAAUGCAGGAUGAGUCCUCUGGAGCUGGUCUUUAUCAUCGACAGCUCAGAGAGUAUAGGUCCAGAGAACUUUGAGCUGGUGAAGGAUUUCUUGAACGCUCUGAUCGAUCGCGUGUCUGUGAGCCAUGAAGCCACACGUGUUGGGGUGGUGCUCUUCAGUCACAUGGACGUGGUGGUGACCAGCCUACAACAGCUGUCCGACCAGGCAAGCGUCAAAGAUGCAGUGCGCAGGAUGCCGUAUCUGGGCGAGGGCACAUUCACGGGCAGUGCCAUCCGCCGGGCCACUCAGCUCUUCCGAGCAGCACGGCCGGGCGUAAGAAAGGUUGCGGUCGUGCUGACGGACGGUCUGGCUGACAAGCGGGAUGCAGUGAGGCUGAAAGAUGCUGCGGAAGAGGCUCACAAUGCUGGGAUUGAAAUCUUCGUGGUUGGCAUCGUGAAAAGCAGUGAUGCCCAGUAUGCAGAGUUUAAGAUUGAGAUGAACAUUUUGGCAUCUGAUCCUAAUGAAAAUUAUGUCUUCUUGAUUGAUGACUUCAUGAAGCUGCACACACUGGAAAGUAAACUGCUGAGUCAGAUCUGUGAGAGUGUUGAUGGGUCGCUCUUCAGUCCGAACGGCAAAACAUUCCCUCCAUUUGAGCCUGAGCCAGUUCCAGACAGAACUGAGGCUCCCACCAGGAGUUAUUUCAUCACAGAGGGCAAAGAGGCUGCAUUUCCAACAGAGUUUGAGACCACUUCUUCUCCAGAUGAUUAUGACGACAUGAAUAUUGACAACAACUGGACGCCCUUUGUUGAUGGGUCUUUAAGUGAGCUCCCUAAGGUGACAGAUGCCCCAGUUGGAGAUAAGACGAGACAAUCCUCCAUCUCAGUAGUGGGACCCCAGACACCCAUAAACUGGCGGCCUGUUCCAGAAAUCAGCCCACCUCCACGGACUCUACCUCCACCGGCCCCUCAGCCUAACGAUUUCAUGAAAGAGGUAGGCUGUAGGCAGGGAUUGGAUCCUGGGCCUUGUCGGGAGUACAGGGUGAUGUGGUACUACGAUCCGGAGGCCAAUGCAUGUGCACAAUUCUGGUAUGGUGGCUGCCAAGGCAACAGCAACCGCUUCGAGACGGAAGACCUUUGUCAAAACGCUUGUGUACAGACAUAACAC